GGCUUGGCAUGUGAAUACGCAGCACAGAUACGGAUAGGAUAUAGCAGAAGCCAGAGCAGGUGCACACAUUAUCAAGGGCUGGACUGGAAUAAGUUAACUUCAUUUCUGUCUUAGCCUGAUUCUGAUCCCUGUCGCCUGUACAUGAGGCAAGUGCCUUUAAGGGAACCUUAAAAUAACAGCGCUGCCUGAGAGAUCUGAUGAAUGUAACAGGUGCAGAGAUUAUUUCCAGGCCAUGUGUGUGCGUCUGUGUGUAACAGCAAGAGGGGGAGAGAGCGAAGGCAGAAAGGGAGAGAGCACAUUAAUGUCUCUGCUGCUUCUCUGUAGCCUGUGAAACAUACAGCAGAUUGUCUUACAGCAACCUAAAUAUUAAGGGAAAAGGAGAAGACAGAAAAGGAAGAAAAAAAGGGAAAUAACCUAUCAGGUUAUUUAAUUCACUGCUGUCAGUUGAAGAAAGAAGACAGGUUUUCCAAAUGAUGUGGCCUAAUUUUUUCAUGCAGGAAGAGGACCAGAGGUUCUCAGGAAGAGGCAGAGGGCAACGUGGAAAGGGAUUGACUGAUGCCCAGGAGGGCAAAAUCAAACUGGCAUUCUUUGUGGCUCUUGUUGGCGUUACCCUUACUGUUCUUGCAGUUGGAACAGAGUUUUGGGUGGAGGUGAACACCUACAAGCAGAACCAUAGUUUAACCUGUGAGGCAGCCCAUUUUGGGCUUUGGAAGUUCUGCUUUAAGAAACUCUGGGUUGACGAUGUUGGAGAAUACCGUGCUACCUGUGGCCCUGCAGAACUACCUGGAGAUUCUAAUUGCUCAUAUUUCAAGUUUUUUACUACAGGAGAAAACGCACGUAUUUUUCAACGUGUCACACACAAGGAUCUGAAUAUAACUGCGGCUGUUAUGUCUCUUUUGAGUAUAACUCUUAUGGUUAUGGGAUCAAUCUGUAUAACAAUGGUUCUGAGCAAAGGAGUGGAGUUCCUUCUUAAGCCAGCGUCUUUCUUUUUCAUUCUUUCAGGUACCUUUGUCCUCAUCACAAUGGAAGUAUUCCGCCAGGCAGUCAGGUGGCUAAUUGCAAGUAAUCAGAACGUUCCACUGGAGUAUGAGUACUCUUGGUCUGUGGCUUGUGCAGCAGCAGCAGGAGCCAUUUUAAUAUUUGGUGGAAUUUGUUGCUUGCUUUUGGUAUUGCCACCAUUCCCCAAGAAGCCAUGGGAAUACUGUAUGAAGAAAGGAAACAGCUCUUAAGUAAUAAGUGGAAACGUCAAGACACAUUUCUAUAGCAUUGGAGUAAUAAAUCCAUUUGCUACCGCCUGGUUUCCACAGUGAAGUCCUUUGCUCAAGAGGACAAAUAUUUGUUUACUUAAUCGUUAUUUUUAUGUACCGAAUUCCUCUGUACAGUCAGUAUCGAGACUGUAAAAAUUGUGACAACUGUGAGGGAAGUGGACAAUCAAUUCUCACCUCUACUGGACCGGAUGUUUCCCCCUCUGUAAAUAGGCUUUGUAGCAUUCAGAACGAUCAACGUGUUUUAUUUGGGGUGAAGGGAGAGAAUAUGUAUAGAAACAAUAUUCACUUUGGUGUUAUGUUAUAUUGUGCUAUUAAAAGUUAUUUUUAUUUUGGUGAGUACUUGCAUUAAACUAAAAUUGUUAUGUGAUGUACAAUUUGUAGCUUUGAAAUUAUUACUUUAUACUAAGUUGUUAUGAUAAUGUUCACUUUAUUAAAGAAAGAAUUUCUAUGGAAAACCAUAAGUAAAAAAAAAAUAUGUAUCAUGUCUGAAAUCAUGAAACCUUGUAUGACGACUGUGAUUAUUAAGCAUAUCUUUUUAUCAUCAAAAGUUUUCCUAAACUGCACAAAAUUUUGAGUUUUCAGAACAGUUUAUGCAUUGUAUGCACUGAUGACAAGAACAGUCACGUUCAGUGUACAGAUCAGAUAUGAAACAUUACUUGGUUUUUACAUCCAGGACUCAGUAGCUAAUUCUUUUUCCAUGAUCUUAACCUAAAGGAAUUUAAGACUAGGCUCUAUAAUGAUCUCAGGAGCUUGCUCAUGUUUACGCUUAUGAAUUUAUACAAUGUCUAAAGGUUCAAGGCUAUGGCCUUAAAGGGAAUUUUAUGUCAAUUUUUAAAAUAUGCAUAGUAUAUUGCAGCAAUGAUAUAUUUUAAGAAGCAUGAUGUAUUAAAGAACAGCAAUGCAAAAUAGUUACCUGCAAAAUAAAUAUUUUAAAAAGUAUUUUAAACAAAUGUUGCAGUUUGCAAAUGCAGAGCAGUACAGAGAGACACUAAAUUAAACAAUAACCCCAUAUACACAGAUGUGACAAAAUUAAAAUACAAUUUUAUCACAAUUUAAAAAAUGGCAAAUGAGGAUCACUUGUGAAACCAUUGCAUGAGCGUAAAUAAGACAUUGAUCCAUUAAUUAAGCCCUGGAAAGCUUUUUUUUGUGCCUGGCUUCUAUGGUUGUGUAGUGUUUAGUGUUUGUACCCAUAUGAAAAUGAGCUUAUAUGGGCAUCUACAGAAAUUUGUCAUUGUGGGUAACAAAUAAAAACCCCUGAGCAUAAUAAUAUUAAUAGCAUUAGCAACAUGUAAAGGAGGAGAGAUUGGUACAUAUGAGCUGCACAUCAUAUUAAAAAUGGUGGCUCAGUGGAAUCAAAAUAUUGGCUCAGAUAGAGGGAGAAUUUGCCAACCACACACACACACAGGCACCAAUGUGAGCUAGUACAUUUUUCCAAGCUUUUACUGAAUUGCAUUGUCUUUUGUAGGGCAGCCCUUCUGGGAGAGGGGUCAUAAUUCCCAAUUUUAUUAGGUGAAUUACAGGAAAAGCAGACACUAAAGAUGACAAAUGAACAUUCUAUUGUUUUUAAUUGUUAUUGUGAUUGAUUUAACAUUUUUAUAUGGGGGGGGGUUGUUCUUUGUUUUACUAUCCCUUCAAAAAAGGUGUAUUGCGGGAACUAAUGAAAUGUUUGUUACAACAAUUGCAAAAACAGAAACUACAAAACAGCAUAAUGUAAUACCCUAGUGUGUUGCUAUGCACUGUGCUGACAGAGCAAUUGCACAUGGAUAUCUUACUCUGCUGCAGUUACAGAGCUUAAAAUAACUGACUACCAUGUGUGAUAUGCGGCCUCAAUUUUUGCCAUUCCCCCAUGAAUUAUCUAUCUUACAGUCCUUUGUUAUUGGUUUUAAAAACAGCAUUAUUAACAGAUCAAAUGAAUAGACAAUGUAUGUAUUAUGAUUUAGAAUUAGACACUACAAUGAAUGAUUAAAAAUAUAGAUUAUAAAGCAUUUUUAAGAUUAUGUUUCAUUUUUUGAUGUAUCCAGUAAAUAAAUCUUGCAUAUGGUGGAAAUUGUUAUUGGACCAUCCAUUUGUAAUGUUGGGGACACUAAUAUAUUUGUCCUGCAAAAUGCAGGCAAUAGGCAAUACUUCUUUAACUUGAAGAAGAAAUCUUCUCUGCCUUGAAAGCUCUGCAUGUCAAGUUUCAGGUGAUCUUUAAAAAAAAAAAGUUUAUUCUAUUUAAUUUUCGAAGACCAGAGGGCUUAUGUAUUGCUAAUUACUGGUACAUCAAACUUUCUAUUAAUCCUUUGAUUUUUGUAACACUCAAGUCUAGAGUUGUGUAUGUACUUGCUCUUUAAUUAAAAAAAAUGUAUCAGUAAUAUAAAAUUGAUAGCUGCAGAACUCAGCAAAGCUUUAUAGCACUCCCUGGAGUUUCAGAAGUAAAAAGACAUCAGCUCCAGGAUUAUAGAUGAAAAUCAUAAGUACCCAGUUCCAAUACUGUAGGAAAAUGAGCAUUUAUGUAUUUAUUUUAAAUAACUUGCUACUUAAAAAAAAUCAGAAAUGUUUAGCUAUAUGUCAUAGAUUUACUAGUGCUAAUAAUACCAACUCCCUUUUAUCGCAUGCAAAACUGGGAUAACCACAGUAUUGUCAUAAGUACUAUUCAGCAAUGUUAACGUGAGAAACACUGUUCUGCCAAUAAACUAUGCUGAGACUGAUAAACAUUCAUUGUAACAUAUUUCAUUGAUAAAUUAGGGUAACGGUUAUUUUUGCAGCGUACAAACAUCUACCCAAGAGUAAAGUUUCCCAUAGCCACCUGCAACCUGCAUGUAAUUGCUACUACGGCAGGGUUCUCUGCCAGGUAUUGGAUACCGACUGUAUCUCAAAUGAAACAAAUAUUCAACAAAAUGUUAAAUACCAGUUAUUACAUAAUUCACAUUUUUUUAUUUUUAAAAAGUAGAAUGCAGAAAAAACAAUAUAGAAUAUUUAAUAGAAUAUUGCUUAUGUUUGUCCCAAGAAUAAUAUUGCUAGAGCAAAUGAAAUAUCUUAUUCUGCUGACUCUCAUUUAAUAGAAAAUGUAAAACUGCUUUAUUGAUUUCUUAUAUAAAGAGGUUAUAAAUUAGCAGGUAUUAAUAAUAUAUAUACAGUAUAUACUUUCAGAAUAAAUAGGACAAUUCUUAAUAGACAGUUGAGAAUCAGCAAAACCUUUGAAUAUCAAAUGCUUAAAGACAAAAGUUCUGUUUGCAAAUUCAUUUUUUUAAAUACGUUUUGAUAAUCAGAACAGUAAAAGCCCUUACUUUUAUAUAUUCUUCUAUGAGAUAAUAUUUUAAGGACUAAACAUCACAGGCAUUUGUAAUAAAUGUCUAUAAAAAAAAACAUACUUGGAAAAAUAUACAUUUUUUAAAAAAGUAAUUAAACAAAAUAAUAUUUAAGCUUAAAAUGAAAAUAAUUUUGCAAAGAUUUUCAGAUUUUGAUAUGUAUGUCACAGGCAGAAGGUAAGAUAAUGAACGGACCCUACAGAAGUACUCUUAAUGGUCUGGAUAGUUUAUUUCUAGAAUUGCUAACUCUGCAGUAACAUAAAUCUUUGCUAUUUCUUGUAUUCCAAUAUGUAUUGGUGGUGAGGCCUGACUCCCUAUAGAGAAAGUGAAUAAAGGUUAAAUGCUGAUCUUAAUAAUCUCUGCUUUAUUUCUGCAAAAAUAUCACCAUUUAAGUGUUCCGGGAUAUAGCUAAAGACUGGGCGUAGCAGCAGGACAGUGAAACAAGUAUUAGAUGAAGGUCUGCUAAAGUAAUAGUUAUUCUGGUCCCAGUACAGAUCUAAUUUCAUCUUCAGUGAUCGUAAUCAUGCUUUAUUUUUUAUUCCUAGUGCAGUCUCACCAUUUGUGGAACUUGUCAGGACUUUUGUAAAGGGCAUUUAAAUUGUGGUAAUUGAUGAGAGGGCUAUAAGAAAUAUGUAAAGUGAUAUUUUAUAGAAAGCUGGAUUAUGCCCAUUUCCUAAGCCAUGCUAAAUAUACACAUAUUUUUUAAUAGAAGACGGUUUCAUUAGUUGCAAUGGAGGCACUCAUUUUACACAGAUGACGAGAAAAUCUAUAUAUAUGAUACCACACAUAUUAAUGUAGUUUGUGUGCAUAUAUAAAUAUAAAUAAAUAUAUAUAUAUAUAUAUAUAAAUAUAUAUAUAUAUAUAUAUAUAUGUAUAUAUAUAUAUAAAUAAUCAUAUUCAUGGAUAUUAAUGUGCGGAUCAGUUUCGCAAGACAUCGCUGAAUGCGGAGAACAAUAUGCUCUCCGUAUUCAGCAUUGUCCCAGCAGCUCACAAGAGCUGCUGGUGCAACGCAGCCCCCUGCAGACUCACGGCCAAUGGGCCGCCAUCAGGGGGGUGUCAAUCAACCCGAUCAUACUCGAUCGGGUUGAUUUCCCGCGAUUCCUGUCCGCCUGCUCAGAGCCAAUGGGCCGCCAGCAGGGGGGUGUCAAUACACCCGAUCGUACUCGAUCGGGUUGAUUUCCCGCGAUUCCUGUCCGCCUGCUCUGAAGAUUCGCCAGAAACAGGGGCCCACAGGCUCCGUUCGGAGCUUGAUAAAUGGGCCCCAUUGUAUGUACUUAUAAAAAAUGGAAGAUGAGAUUUCAAAUAUUUGCAAUUACAAAUAUAUGUUUUAGUACUUAUCAAAUGAUUCUUAUUUAAUUUGAUCAGUUAUAUACUGUAUCAUUUUCUUGAAAAAAUAUAGGAUUUGAUAUGUAAAAAAAAAUGUAAAGAAAAAAAUCUGUAUUCUUAAUUUGUUUCUUAAGUAAACUGGUUUUUGGUGUCUUAUCCUGAUAUGCAAAGUAUUACAUUUUGAAUGUUAUAAAAUAACUCUGAAGUUGAAGAAAAAUUCCUGAGAUAUUUUGGAGUGACAGACACAUAUGUUCUAUACAAAGAUAGUUUAGUUAGUGUCCACUGCCAGUAACCUAGUAUCUCUAGGGUCAGGCAUAUCCCAGCCUUGACUUGUUUUUAACUGCUAUAAAUACACCUAAAAGCAAAAGUACACCAACUGCUGAAAAAAGUACAAAGAUACAGUGCAAGAAUACAUUUUUAUACUAACUGGAUAUGCUGCUAACUUUCCUAGCAAGGACUCAAUGCAAUUUGAGACCCAUCUUUUAGAGUAUUUAAGGGAAUCAGGGUGGGGUUUGGAAAACUUGAGCCAAUGAAUACAGAUGAAUUUAUUGGAGUCGAGACAGAGAUUCUGUUAUGAACACAGAAUGCUCAGUCAAAAUGCUGCUAGGCAACCACCUGUAUAGAGUUUAUUAAAAAAAAUGUUUAUACUAUACUAGUAGUCAUGUUUUACAAGAAUAAAUAAUAAGAGAUCAGUUGUCCAUAUCUAGCCAAAAAUUGUGCAUUGUAUAAGUGUUUGAGCAACUCACUGUUGAAGCUAGCAAUUUGCAUUUUCAGAAUGCAUUUAACCUAAUUGCUGCCAGAGCUGUCUGCAGCACAUUGCUAUACAAUACAUUGGAGCACUUUCUUGAAGUCAAGGGUUUAAAACAUAGUAAAAUCACUUUUCGUAAUAAAUAGCUGUUGAAAGUUAAAAAGACAUACAUUUUAUAGGUGCAUACUAAUAUGCAAUAGCAUUAAAUUGCAAAGAAUUGUAUACAAAAUAUUUUGUAUAUAAACAUUUAAAAAGUAAAUUUGAAUAUUAAUUUUCUUAUCUGACCUGCUGUGGCCAGUUAGGAAGGGGGCGGGGGAUAAACAAACUAUUACACUGAACAAGCAGUCACUGUGUAGAAUGUAACAGGGUUAGGUCUCUGAAGUCAGAAGUAUUCAUUUAAGCCUCUCAUGGAAAAUAUACAGGAAAAUUAGGCAAAUUAAAUAAUGCAGUAUAUUGUGAAGGAUGUUUUCUUUUACUAUGCAUAAUUAAAAAUUUUAUGGAACAUUAAUUUUGAGUUUUACUUGCUUUUUAUCUAAGUUAAAGGGACAGUCUACUUGAUUUUUGUUUUAUUGUUUAAAAAGAUAGAUAGCUUUUUCUACCGAUUCCCCAGCAUUGAAUAACCAACGUUGUUAUAGUAAUAUAAUUUAUAACCUCUGUUUCUAAGCCUCUGUUGGCUGCCCCUUAUCUCAGUGUUUUUUUUUUGUUUUUUUUUACUUUUUACAAUCUUGCAGUAUAACUAGACAUUUCUAGUUCCUGUGUACCAUAUAGAUAACAUUGUGUUCAUUCCUGGAGAAUGAUGAUGGGUUCACAAGAACCAGCACUAAUUGGCUAAAAUGCAAGGUUGUAAAAAGCUACAAAAAAAGCACUGAGAUAAGGGUCAGUUUGCAGAGGCUUAGAUACAGAUAAUUAAAUAGGUAAAAAGUAUAUUAAUAUAGCAGCAAUGGUUAUGCAAAAUUGGGGAAUAGGUAAUAAAGAGAUUAUGGGGUAGAUUUAUCAAGUAGCGGAUGCUGCAAUCUACCCCCAAUGUUUCCAGAUCGCUGGAAACAAGAGUUAAGAAGCACUCCUUAACUUAUCCCCCACCUCUGAGGUGGCGGACCGCAAUAAUCCUGAUCAGAUACGAUCGGGAUGAUUGACACCCCCUGCUAAUGUGCAGGGGGUUGCAUUGCACAAGCAUUUCACUAGAAAUGCUUGUGCAGUGUUAAAUGCCGACAGUGGCAUGCUGUCCUCAUUUAGCGAUGUUGUGCGGACAUGAUGCGCUACAGCAGAUCAUGUUCGUCUGACAUUUAAUAAAUAUACCCUUAUAUAUCUUCAAGUAGUCAGUAACUUUAAUUAUCAUAAACAUUCAGAUUGUCUGCCCCUUUAACACAAUUUUCUUAUAAAAUCUGCAAAGACUAUGAAUAUGUAACGACAUGUAAUAAAGUAAAAGGUAAAUACACCAACUAGGCAAUUGCCUAAUAAGCACAAAAUUAUAACACAAAAGAAUAAAUACAGGUAUGCAUGGUAAAUAAAGUUAUUAUUAUACAGUGACUUGGUCUUUUAAUAAUCUUUUAUUUUGGUGUUUGUCUUCAUAGUGUAGAUGUACUGUUACUGGGAAAUUAUUCUGCUCAAUGUCUUAGUGCAUGUUGUUCAGCUACAGUGUGGUAUUUAAUACACUUUCAGAGGGCCAGCAUAUUCCUUUCUCCAGGAAUGAACACACUUAUCCUUUUACGUAGAUUUGAAAGGUGAUUAUUUGACAAUUCUCUAUGGUACAAGGAGUGUGCAGAACACAGUACAGCCAUGUAAUUAGCCACUUCACUAUUUAAUUAUAGUCACGACUUUAGUUAUUCUGAUAUUUUUAAGAGAGCAGAAAGCUUCAAUUGUCAUUUUCACUUGUACAUUACACUGUUCUUACAUAAGCGAUUAACAAAAUCUAGGACAUUGUUACAAAUCAAGAUUUCAAGUAUUUGAACUCAGUAUUCAUAUUUAUUAUGCUUACAAAAUCAUUUUUAAUGUCCUGCAAUUUUUCUGGAAAUCUAAUAAAAUUAGAAUAUUAAUGUAUAUUAUUUUAUUAUUUAUUAUUUUAUUUUAUUUGCUAGAUUUAACAAUUAAAUCUACUAAAUAUGCAAAACCUAUUUUGUUGCUAUAGAAGUCUAUUAUACAUUCCUUUGCAAUGUUAUGCAGGCCUGUAAGAAAGCAAAGGGGUUUAUUAAAAUCAAAAUAGGGGGUCUACUGAUUGCUUAGGAGAUUGGUCUAUCCAGUGGUAGCAAAGGGGUUAAUGCAUUUUAAAUUAAAGCUCUGACUGACCAGAGAAUUCUUGUGAAAAUUAAUAUUAUUCUAAUUUUCUGUGUAAAUGCCAGAUUUGUUCCUGAUUAUAUUGACUAUUAGUGAUCUUAGACAUAAUAAAAUACCUUUGUUUAAAGAAAACUCAAAAUGCAGAAGAACUGUCUGAACAUUCAAAAGGUAGUGUAAUAUUUAAAUAUAUAAGGAACAAAAAUAUUUUAUAUGAGUGAGUGAAGUAUUUUUACAAUUACAUAAAUACUUUUUCACUGCUAUAUAAUUUUAAUAAUGGCCAAGUCUGUAAAUAUUUGAGAUUGAACAUUAAUAUAUAUUACAAUUUGUUUUUAUUGAAAUGUCUUUUUCUGUCCAUGCUCUGGGCUAUAUUUAAUAAACGUAUGCAGAUAUUUUGAAAGAACAAAAAAAAAUGUUCGGAUAUUUCCUUUUAACAAAAAAAAAAACUAAAACAAUAAACUUGAAACUGAAACACUAA